GCAUUCCUUUCUUCCAAUGCAUCCAAAGCACCACCACUACUAACUAAUCCCUCUCCCUCCCUCAAAGCACAACAAACAAUCCUUAAGAUCCUUCCCUUUCCAAUUUUUUUUUUUUUACAUUAAAGAAUAAUAAAGCUUUACUUUCCCCCUCUUCUUCUUCUCUCUCAACCAUGCGAGAAGUAGAAACAUCAUCUCCUCCUCAACUCUCCGCCAUGUUCCAAAAACUCGCCAUGGCCGUCAAAGCCAAAACCUACGAAUUCUUCACCGAAGACGACAACUUCUCCCUCCUCGACUCCUCCGAAGACUUCAUCACCGAUCAGAAAGUCGUCGUCCUCAAACCCGAUCCCAAGAUCAAAACUUUCGUCACGAAACUCGAUACCCAGAUGGGAUUAAACCUAAUCUCAUCGAUCUUCGCAACCCUUUCCUCUUUCGAAGCUUCUUACCUCCAACUCCAAGCCGCCCACGCGCCUUUCGCGGAAGAGACCGUCACGGCGGCCGAUCGAGCUUUGGUCUCAAACCUCCGGAAACUCUCCGAUCUCAAGCACUUUUACCGAACCCAUCUCGAAAGUUUCGAUCUUGACGCCGAUUUCGCUGUUGGGUCGUGUUUGGAGUCUAGGGUUCAGGAGAAUCAGAGCAAGCUUAGAGCUUUGGGGACGGUUUCUAACCGGUUACAAGGCGAGAUUGACGGGAAGGAUUCGAAGGUUUUGGAGUUGAGGAAGAGGUUAAGUGAGAUUCAGAAGCUUAACUCGAAGCUGUCGAGGAGGUUGUCUGAAUUUGAGAGUGGUGUUGUGUUGUCUGUUGGGGUUUUUGAGUCUAUGUUGUGUGAUGUUGUUAAAGAUGUGAAGAGGUUUAGUAAAGUUUUGAUUGGGUUGAUGGAGAAGGCAGGGUGGGAUUUGGGUUUAGCUGCUAGUUAUGUCUCUCCUGAGGUUGAGUUUGUUAAGAAAGGGCAUAAUCGGUAUGCUUUGUUGUCUUAUGUUUGCUUAGGGAUGUUUCGUGGCUUCGAUGAUGAUGAGGAUGAUGAUGAUGAUUCGUUGAUGCAACAUGUUUCUAGUAAUCCAAUGGAGAUUCUUGAGAGAGAUAAAGAGUGUGGGUUCUCUAGGUUUUGUGAUAAGAAGUAUCAUGAGCUUAUACAUCCCAACAUGGAGUCUUCUAUAUUCAGUAAUAUGGAUCAGACGGAAGCUGUGUUGAGUUCUUGGAGAUCUUUGAGUUCGUUUUAUGAGUCUUUUGUUACCAUGGCUAGCUCGGUUUGGAUACUUCGUAAGUUAGCGUUGUCGUUUGAUCCCGCGGUUGAGAUUUUUCAAGUGGAGAGUGGGGUUGAUUUUUCGGUUGUUUAUAUGGAGAAUGUGUUGAGAAGGAGACGAGAUAAGAAGUUUGGGAUGAAUCUUGGUCGAGAGAAAGUGGGAUUCACUGUGGUUCCUGGGUUUAAAGUUGGCUGCACGGUGAUUCAGUCUCAAGUUUACCUUACCGGCUUCAAAUGUAAAUGAAAGAGACCAAACCAAGUUUUUCCUCACGUGAAGGUGUUUCUAUGGACUUGGCAGCUAAAAGGAUAUAAGGUUUAAUUUUUUUAUUUAACGUUCUUACUUCUGUGAUUAACUGUGUUCUUUAAGUCUUGGUUUGUGUUCUUGAUUUACGUUUGAAUUGUAUAGAAAGCUGUGGUGAUUGCAGAAAAAAAGAAGUUAUUACAUUGUUUCUAUUCAUCUUAGUAAAGUUGUAACAGAGUGAUUAUCAAAGUGUUAGUUUUACUUUUACC